GCCUGGCAAGGGCAAGGUCCCGAGUUUGAUCCCUGGUACCCAAAAAACAAAAACCUAAAAAGCCUUUGCCUUCACCACCACUUGGCUUCUGCACAUCCCCUAUAAUGGCUAAAACAGCAGUGGCCUCCAAGGAAAAAAAUGAAGGAGCUGUCCAUGCUGUCACUGAUCUGCUCUUGCUUCUACCUAGAACCCCACAACAUCAACAUCUACACUUACAAUGGAUGUGAAAGUGAAGCAAAUCAACAAACAUGUCUCUGGCCAGGCUUUUGAGCUGUCACCAUCUUUUAUCUCAGAAGCCCCUCAAACUUUGGCUUCUCCAAAGAAGAAAGAUUGGUCCCUGGAGGAGAUCCAGAAAAAAAUGGAAGUUGCAUCAGAAACACGAAAGUCUCAGGAGGCCCACCCAGGUGCUGAAACGGUUGGCAAAGAGGGAGCAUGAGCUAGAAGUCCUUCAGAGGCUUUAGAGGGCAGAGGAAAAGUUGAUCCUGAAAAUGGAACAAAUCAAGGAAAACGGUGACUUAGCUGCUAUUACUGAACAUCUGCAGGAAAAGGAAAGGCGUGCUGUGGAGGUGUGCAGAAACAACUCCAGGUUAAACUGUCCAUCUGAAGAGAUGGAAGGUGUACGAGCCCCAGAAGCACCAGCACCCGGGCCGCCACUGGAGGCUCAGCAUCGAGGAGCGCCGGCAGCUGGCUGGGCAGGGGACGCGGGAGCAACAGGACCCGCCCUGCAAGACUAUGUCUACUUCGAGAACUCAUCCAGCAAUCCAUACCUGAUCCGAAGGAUUGAAGAACUCAAUAAGACGGCCAACGGGAAUGUGGAGGCCAAGGUGGUGUGCUUCUACCGCAGGCGGGACAUCUCCAGCACCCUCAUCGCCCUGGCGGACAAGCACGCAACCCUGUCAGUCUGCUAUAAAGCUGGACCGGGGGUGGACACCGGCGAGGAAGGGGAGGUGGAGGAGGAGGUGGAGAACCCAGAAAUGGUGGACUUGCCUGAGAAGCUGAAGCACCAGCUGCGGCACCGGGAGCUCUUCCUGUCCCGGCAGCUGGAGUCGCUGCCUGCCACUCAUAUCAGGGGCAAGUGCAGCGUUACCCUGCUCAAUGAGACUGAGUCGCUCAAGUCCUAUCUGGAACGCGAGGAUUUCUUCUUCUAUUCUCUAGUCUACGACCCCCAGCAGAAGACCCUCCUGGCUGAUAAAGGGGAGAUUCGAGUGGGAAACCGGUACCAGGCUGACAUCACAGACCUGUUGAAGGAAGGGGAGGAGGAUGGCCGUGACCAGUCCAAACUGGAGACCAAAGUGUGGGAGGCCUACAACCCACUUGUAGACAAGCAGAUUGACCAGUUCCUCGUGGUGGCCCGCUCUGUGGGCACCUUUGCACGGGCCCUGGAUUGCAGCAGCUCUGUGCGACAGCCCAGCCUGCACAUGAGUGCUGCCGCAGCCUCCCGAGACAUCACCCUGUUCCACGCCAUGGACACGCUGCACAAGAACAUCUAUGAUAUCUCCAAGGCCAUUGCUGCCCUUGUGCCACAGGGUGGGCCGGUGCUCUGCAGGGAUGAGAUGGAGGAGUGGUCGGCAUCCGAGGCCAACCUUUUUGAGGAAGCCCUGGAAAAAUAUGGGAAAGAUUUCACAGACAUUCAGCAAGAUUUUCUCCCGUGGAAGUCGCUCACCAGCAUUAUCGAGUACUACUACAUGUGGAAGACCACCGACAGAUACGUGCAGCAGAAACGCUUGAAAGCAGCUGAAGCAGAGAGCAAGUUAAAGCAAGUUUAUAUUCCCAACUACAACAAGCCAAACCCGAACCAGAUCAGCAUCAACAAUGUUAAAGCCAGUGUGGUGAAUGGCACAGGGGCACCAGGCCAGAGCCCUGGGGCCGGCCGGGCCUGCGAGAGCUGUUACACCACACAGUCUUACCAGUGGUAUUCUUGGGGUCCCCCUAACAUGCAGUGUCGCCUCUGCGCAUCUUGUUGGACAUAUUGGAAGAAAUAUGGUGGCUUGAAAAUGCCAACCCGGUUAGAUGGAGAGAGGCCAGGACCAAACCGCAAUAACAUGAGUCCUCACGGCAUCCCAGCCCGGAGCAGCGGGAGCCCCAAGUUUGCCAUGAAGACACGGCAGGCCUUCUACCUGCACACCACCAAACUGACGCGGAUCGCCCGGCGCUUGUGUCGCGAGAUCCUGCGCCCAUGGCAUGCUGCCCGCCAUCCCUACAUGCCCAUCAACAGUGCGGCCAUCAAGGCUGAGUUCAGGGUGCAGUGUGGAGCCCUGACCCUCUGGUCCCCCACAGGCACUGCCCGGUUGCCCGAAGCUUCCCAGAGCCCACUGGUGCUGAAGCAGGUAGUACGGAAGCCCCUGGAAACUGUGCUCCGGUAUCUCGAGACCCACCCCCGACCCCCAAAGCCUGAUCCUGUGAAGAGCACAUCCAGUGUGCUCAGCAGCCUGACCCCUGCCAAGUCAGCCCCUGUCAUCAACAAUGGCUCUCCUACCAUCCUGGGCAAGCGGAGCUAUGAGCAGCACAAUGGUGUGGACGGCAACAUGAAGAAGCGCCUCUUGAUGCCCAGUAGGGGCACUUACCUGGGUCUGGCAAACCAUGGACAGACCAGGCACAUGGGACCAAGCCGUAACCUACUGCUCAACGGAAAGUCGUAUCCCACCAAAGUGCGCCUGAUCCGGGGUGGCUCACUGCCCCCUGUCAAGCGGCGACGGAUGAACUGGAUCGAUGCCCCAGAUGAUGUGUUUUACAUGGCCACUGAGGAGACCAGGAAGAUCCGCAAGCUUCUCUCAUCCUCGGAGACCAAACGUGCCGCCCGCCGGCCCUAUAAGCCCAUUGCCCUGCGCCAGAGCCAGGCCUUACCACUGCGGCCACCCCCGCCUGCACCGGUCAAUGACGAGCCCAUUGUCAUCGAGGACUAGGUGGACACCUGCCCCCAGCCCACCCACCCAGCCCUCCACCAUCCCCAAUGUCCAUGUCUGUAAGACCUGCACAGCUGGGUGGCCUCCUCCCCUGCCAGCGCUGCCUGCCCACCCUGCACCCUGCGUUUCAUUAGUGCCCCACCUCCUGCCCUCCCUCGCAGAGACCGCUCCUUUGGCGGAUGUUGGGGAAGAAGUGUGCUUUAACUUAUUCCAAGAACGCCAAGGAGUCGUUUUUUAGCUUUGUGUUUACUUUUUGGCUCGAGCAGAGAGGAG